GGGAAACCUCAUUUAUCGGGUCAAAAAAAUCGAUUUUUUGGAAAUAGUCUUAAUCGAUUGUUAAACUAUUCAAGAAUAUUCCCUGAAAAUUUCAAGUCGGUAUCUGCAGUAUUUACGAAGUUACGAAGUUAAAGCGGACGGGUCGGGUGACGAGUUCAGACAGGCCUAGGCGACCUCUCGGGCGGUCGCGUUUAUACCUGCGUUCUCAAAAACCUUCAAAGCCAUCUUAGAUUUGAAUCCGUACGGCAAUGACUGUCCUGUAAAAAAAAGUGAAUGCGUUGGGCAUGUCGAGAAACGAAUGGGCACAAGACUUCGAAAUGUAAAAAAAGAUAAGGAGCUCGGAGGACGUGGAAUGUUGACCGAUGUACUGAUAAACAAAAUAACUCGAUACUACGGAUUAGCCAUACGUCGAAAUACUGAUUCGGUCCAGGGCAUGAAAAAAGCCAUUCAAGCAACACUCGAUCAUCUAACAUCCAUCGACGAGACACCGAAACACGGAAAUUGUCCGGCUGGAGCUGAUAGCUGGUGUAAGUGGCGCAAGGCUGAGGCAGGUUGUGCAGCGUCAUUUAAACAUCCCCCUCCUCUUCACCCAAAUGUUGAGAAACAUUUGCAACCAAUCUUCGACGAUCUUUCGAAUGACAAUCUUUUGGAAAGGUGUUUAGGCGGUUACACACACAAUGCAAAUGAAUGUUUUAAUUCGACCGUUUGGCGUUUAUCGCCUAAACACAUUCACAGUGGAGCAAAAAUCGUCUGCAUUGCUGCGUAUAUUGCUGCAUCAAUAUUUAACGAAGGCUACAAUGCAGUAUUGAUGAUUAUGAACAAAUUGGACAUAGAAAUUGGGAUACAGGCACACAAUUUUGCCAUAGCGAAGGACGAGAAACGAAUAACCACACAGAACCGCCGAAGCUAUAACAGCUCAAAAAAGGCAAGAACGGCUCGUAGGAUGGAGAUGGCACAAAACGAGUUCUACGAGGAAGCGGAGGGGCUACUUUAUGCACCUGGAAUCGCUGAUUAGCCUGAGACUGCCAUCAAAAUUAAGGACGCUACAGUGUACACAGCGGAGACACACCAUAAGCGAAGCAAUAUUAUUAUGGCGUCCGUUUAUAUAGUAAACAUCUUUCUUUUUUUAUGAAAAAAUUCCUGUGUACUCUUUGAUUGUGUACUAGAUUGUCAUAAAAAUUUCAAAACGUUUCAGUUUAUUACACCCAAGAAAAAAAUUCGUGAAAAUCAUGUAUUUUUCGACCGUGUAAAUGAGGUUUCCCCCUUAAGAAAAUGUGUUGCAACCUUUUAGCUCACGACUGUACUCUCUAACAGAAAUGCUAAACAAAUUUACGAUUGGUUUUUGUAAUUUACGCGUCUCGGAAAGUACGUAGUAAUACAUGUAGUAAUACAUGCAUUGGUAACACAUGUAUUACUUAAAUAAGCAGAACAAAAUUGAAAGAUAGAUAAUGAUAUCAGGGUAAAUUAAGGAACAGUUUUAGAUCAAAUUUAUUAUUUAUAAUAGCUAUUCUGUAAUAAC